CCUCCCCCGCCCCCACCUUCUCUUUAAAUAUAGUCUCCGAGGCACGAGCUGCUGUUACUGACAUCUCUGCGUCUGUCGCUCUGAGUCGCACAAACACCGGCUCCUCCUCUGUCUCUUCUGUUCCCUGACUGUACCGGGGGUCUCUGUGACAAUGUCCCCCCCCCUCCUGCUGCUCCUGAGUCUCCUGUUGUUGGGCUCGUUGGGAGUGUGUGCCGCAGCCCCCCUGGAUAAAGGAGAGGAGCACCCCGAGGAGUUGGUAACACGGUGUAUAGUGGAAGUGCUCUCCAAUGCUUUGGCAAAACCUAAUGCACCACCAAUCGACCCAGAAUGCAGAGAAAUCCUGAAGAAAAGCAGCAGACACAAUCAGGAUGAAAAGGAUAAUGAUGUGAAGCAAUAUGAAACCAGAAACCUGAAGAAUGUGGCCAUUACGGAUGGUCACCAUCAUAAAACCAGUGAAGAAGCCAAACCAGAAAAUCAGGAAACCAAAUUUCCAGAGGAAGAAAAGAAAUGGCACCACACAGAGAAUGAAAGUCAAGAAGAAAAUGAGAAAAGAGAGACAAACAAUGAAGAAGACACUGGGCAUUCCAAAGAAAGAGACUUUAUAGAUGAGGCAUUAGAACGAAUACAUCACAAAGAGCACAUUCAAAGCGAAGAAGUAAGUAAAGAAGAUAGAGAACAAGCCGAAACUUCAAAUGAAAAUAGGCACGAUAUUACUGAUGAGAAAGUACAUGAAGCAGCCAAAGGUUUAGAAGAGGCUUCUGAGGAAAAUUCAAGACAUUCAGAAGACAUUAUGAAGACACAUCAUGACAAUUCGAAAGAACACGUUACACAACCUGAGAAACAUCAUCUGAGCCAUUCCUACGAAGAAUCCAAAGAAUCUGAUGAAAGUGAAGGUGAAGAGGAGAGACGUUACAAACCAAAUCAUGACAUGUUUGGACAAAGAUUUCUUGGUUAUGAGGAAAAGAGGAGUCACCAUACAAAGCAAAUAGAUUCCAGUGAACGAACUGAGGGUGAAGAGAAAAGACAUAACACUCUAAAUGCUUUCGAAGAUCGUGUGAAGAAGAAUCAUUAUGAAGCCAAAGGCCACAAUGACAUUCAGAGUUCAGAAGAAUCAAAGGAGAAGAUUCAUUUGCACAGAGGAAGUGAAGAGGUAAGAGACCAAAGUUAUGACAGUGAAGACAACAGUAAAGAAUAUAAAAGACAUCCCAAUACAGAAGAGGAAAGGCAUUAUGAGGAAAAGAAGCGUUGGCCAAUAGAAAAAAGUGAGGAAGACAAGUUGAAUUAUGAACAUAGCCAAGAGGACAGUGAAGAAAAUAUUGAGAAGCGGCAUGCCAAAGACAGGAAACUAAAGGAAGAACUCUUUGAGAAACUGAGACGCCAUCUGCUAGAAGGUUCAGAUGAACAACCAUAUACCCAUGAAAGAAAAGCAGAAGACAAGAAACGUUAUGUGAGUGAAGCAAUGGCUGAAGUGAAAAGAAACUACCCAGAGCAAGACGAGGAGAAAAUAAAUCAGCAUUACAAUGAUGAACGGAGAAGCCAUCGCUAUGGCAACAAUAAAGAUGAUUUUGAGGAGUCAAAUAACUUUGACAAUCAAAAAUACAAACGUCACCACCCUGAAUAUGAGAGAAGAAUAAACCGUUAUGGCUUCCCAGAUGAGAUCAAAUGGAAAAACCGGUUUUACGAUAAGGAGGACGACCAAACCUACGACAGUGAGGAAGAAAACAAGAACAACUUGCAAAACAAAAAUGUCUUUCCAGAGUUCAGUGACUACGACUGGUGGGGGAAAAAGCAGCUGCUGGACGGUACGAAUCAUGGAUAUGCCGAGAAAAGGAGUUCUCCCAAAAUGCACAAGUUUGACAUGAAGAGACAGUACGACAGAAUGGACGAGCUUGCCCAACUUCUGAAUUACAAGAAGAAAUCUGUGGAGUUUCCAGACUUUUAUGACUCUGAAGAGAUAAAGAAGAGGAAUCUUAAUGACAGGGGAAGUCUUGGUCAGAGGCCCUUAACGGAAGAAGAGGAAAAAGAUCUAGAAAAUCUGGCAAUUAUGGACCUGGAGCUGCAAAAGAUAGCGGAGAAGCUGAGCAACAGCCGGCAAGGCUGAACUAUAAAGGAACUCUGUAAAAUCCCUGUAGCCGGAAACUAAGCUGUAGUUCAGAAACAUUCCCAGAUUUUUUCGUCACUGCCUCUUUAAACAGAAACCCCCUCACUUAGUCGAUACAUACAGAAUGGAAUUCACUGUCCGGUUAUGUUACUGUUGAGGAAGCUGUUUGGAGUAUAAUCUAUGCUACUAAUAUCAAGUGAGCAUGAAAUCUAGCAUCAAUUCAUAUCUGUUCAAGAGACAUUUUAAUGCUUGUGGAUAUUUUUGUGGUAUUGUACGUUAAUACAUUUCUUGUUAAGGAUUUGAAAUAAUAAAAAGCAAAUAAAUCUUG